CGAAAGUGCGGCUGCGGAAGCGCGGCGAGGCGGGCGGCGGCGAGGGAGGAAGCUGGGAGGCGGCGGGUCCUGUGGGGCCGAGCGGACGCCAUGGGCCGGCUGCACUGCGCGCAGGACCCCGUGCCCGAGGCCGUGGGCGGCGACAUGCAGCAGCUGAACCAGCUGGGCGCGCAGUUCUCGGCCUUGACAGAAGUGCUUUUCCACUUCCUGACUGAGCCAAAAGAGGUGGAAAGGUUUCUGGCUCAGCUCUCUGAGUUUGCCACCACCAAUCAGAUCAGUCUUGGCCCUCUCAGAAGCAUCGUGAAAAGCCUCCUUCUGGUUCCAAAUGGUGCCUUGAAGAAGAGUCUCACAGCCGAUCAGGUUCGGGCUGAUUUCAUAACUCUUGGUCUUAGUGAGGAGAAAGCCACUUUCUUUUCUGAAAAGUGGAAGCAGAGUGCCCCCACCCUUGCUCGAUGGGCCAUAGGACAGACUCUGAUGAUUAACCAGCUUAUAGAUAUGGAGUGGAAAUUUGGAGUGACAUCUGGGAGCAGUGAACUGGAGAAAGUGGGAAGUAUUUUUUUACAAUUAAAGAUGGUGGUUAAGAAAGGAAAUCAAACUGAAAAUUUGUACAUAGAAUUAACCUUGCCUCAGUUCUACAGCUUCCUGCACGAGAUGGAGCGAGUCAGAGCCAGCAUGGAGUGUUUGAGCUGAUUUCUGGCCCCUUCCCUGCCCCCUUCUCUUCCAUGGGUGGCUGCUCUGAGAGGCACCUCGCCCACAGGCCUCUGGGGUGCUGAUAAGGGCCCUGCUUGCUUCUUGGGAGCCCAGGUGCAAAGGUUUCUGGAAAACAACAGGAUUAAGUACUUAAAGAGCCCUGUACGAUUACUCUGAAUUCUUUGUGAGGGGAACCUCCAGCACCUAUCUCCCAGGACACUUUUUCGAUAUUCCAACAGGCUGUUGCAUCUCAAAUCCACGGGAGGAAGUAAGUGGUUACCUCCCCCAUCAAAGUUCCAGAGUAAACAGAUCGGUGCCAUCAAGAUGCACACUGAUCACCCUCCCCUCAAAAAAGCAAGGGCUUAUUUAUGGCUGACACACGUGGGGAGCCCCCAGCGAUUUUUCUACGCACUCUGCAUUUGUGGUGGUGGUGGUGCAUUGCUAAUCAGUUUUUAACGGGGCACCUGUGUAUAAAUGUUGCUUGGUCUGCUCUGAAAAGAACUGAGGCCAACCUCUGUCCUCAUUUCAGGUUGUGCCCUGUUGUGUUGUAAUGAGACUAUUUUAGCUUGUUUUGGUUCAGGCUGACCUUCUCUGUUGGUUAGAUGAUGAAUAAAAAAAGGUUCUAAAGAAAAGGUCUGAAUCCAGUUGUGUCUGCAUGGAUGAAAGAGUCAUCUGCCUUGCAGAGCGCUAGUGCUCUAAUCUUCAACUGUUAUUUUCCUGGUUUUGGUGAAGGCCCUCAGUCUUCAGUGAAAUUAGCUGUGGCCCAAAAGCUGAAUUUGUAAGAGCAGUUCAGGGGAGACUGGGGUUAAAAACAUCAUGAAAAGCGUGAGUGCUUUGUGUUCUGAUGACUUUAGGCCCCCGCCUAGCAUGUGGUUCAAAAGGUACAUUGUAAAGUAAUCCCUUCUCACCCCCAUUCCCCAGUUACCUAGUUCCUUUCCCCAGGUAACCACUGUUACAGUUUAUUCUGUGUUCUUCCGGACAUAUUUCUUGCAUUUGCAAGUAUAUAGGCAUAGCGUUUGAUUUUCUUCCCACACAAGUGGUGGUAUAGUGUACACACGGCAUCCCGUGUCUUGCGUUUUUUCUACUUCACUUAAAAAUCAUUCCACAUCUGAACAGAGAAAGGGGAAAACAAACACAAACAGAGUGGGCUCAUUCUUUGUAACAGAUGCACCGUGUUUCUUCAAAUGGGUGAUUUUUUAAAUUGGUUUUCUACUGGUAGGUGUUUGGGUUGGUUCCAUUCUUUUUCUCAUAUAAAUCAUUCUGCAUCUGAAUAUUUUUGUAUGUCAUUGUGCAUGUGUGGAAGUAUAUUUGUAAAGUAAAUAUAUGGGUGUGGAAUUGCUGGGUCAAAGAAUAUGUGCAUUUAUCAGAAUGUAAAAAGGAAUAAAGCAAAAAGAUGAUUCUA